CAGCCUUUGCCUGGUUGAACAGUGUCUGUGCAUCGUACUGGACCCUGAGGUCACAGAAAUCUGCAGUCUCAGAGUAAGAGGAGACGCUAUGAACCCCAGCCUCGCAGCCCUGCUCUGCCUGGGGCUGAGUCUGGGCCCCAGGACCCGAGUGCAGGCCGGGACCCUCCCCACACCCAGGCUCUGGGCUGAGCCAGGAUCUGUGAUACCAUGGGGGAAGCCUGUGAACCUCUGGUGUGAGGGGACCCUGAAGGCCCAGGACUGUCGUCUGGAGAAACAGGGAAUCCAAGUGCCCUGGGACAGCCAGCAGCCACUGAAGCCCAGGAACAAGGCCAAGUUCUCCGUAGAAUACAUGACAGAGCACUAUGCAGGGCGAUAUCGCUGUUACUACCGAACCCCUGCUGGCUGGUCAGAGCGCAGUGAGCCCCUGGAGCUGGUGGUGACAGGAGUCUACGGCAAACCCAGCCUCUCGGCCCUGCCCAGCCCUGUGGUGACCUCAGGAGGGACCGUGACCCUCCAGUGUGGCUCAUGGUGGAAAUACGACAGGUUCAUUCUGACCGAGGAAGGAGAAGACGGGCUCUCCAGGACCCUGGACUCACAGCCAGGCCCCAGCGGGCAGGUCCAGGCCCUGUUCCCUGUGGGCCCUGUGACCCCCGGCCACAGGUGGACGUUCAGAUGCUACGGCUAUUACUGGAGAAGGCCCCAGGUGUGGUCAGAACCCAGUGACCCCCUGGAGCUCCUGGUCUCAGGACCCUCCGGGGACCCCGUCUCUCCAGCCUCAGCAGGGCUGGGAAGGCACCUGACGCUUCUGAUCGGGGCCUCGGUGGCCUUCGUCCUGCUGCUGCUGCUCCUCCUCCUCCUCCUCCUUGUCCUCCGACACCGGCGUCAGGGCAAAAGCAGGGAGGUGGAGCGAGAUGCUGCCGUGAAGGACUCACAGCCUGAGGAUGGGGUGGAGCUGGAUGCCCGGGUGAGGCCCUGUCCCCACCCAGGGCACAGGGACUUCUGUCACCUGCUUUAGUCCAGGGACACCGCUCUGUGCUCUGCCCUCAGCUCUCGGGGACCUCACAGCUGAGCCCUCCCUUCUGGAGCCCCAGCUACCCGCCUGCUGUGACCCCACCUCUGCUGGCUUCCUGUGCCCUCCGGGUCCCCGCCCUCCGUCCCCUCCUGGCCCUCAGCUCUGUCAUCUGUUAUCAGCCCCUGGGUCUCAGAAGGACCUGAGGGAAUGAGCCCCCCAGGCCCCGGAGGAACCCCGUGCCCUGGAGCGCAGGGAGCAGGGUUGGUG